CAUAUGAAUAAAAAUCCAAUGAUUUUUGCCCUGGGCUUUAUACGAGUAGAGGGAAGAGAGGGAAAUAGAGAAGGCGGCGGGGAACCGACUGGAAAGUAGUAUAGGAAAAGUAAGAGACCAAUUCCAGAGACUAUUGUACUAACUUUGGAUCGAUGUAUACACAAGGGGAUUCUCACUAAAUUAUUGUCAACUUAAGCGGUCUAAAUGUCUGUCAUGGCUACUAAAGCUGUUAGGGGGUAAUUACCUACCGGAGCAAAGUUAAUUCCCACUAGCUGAUUCGGUAGGCGUGGCAGACAUAUGAACUUCUUCAGUUGAUAGCAAUUUAGCGUGAAUCCUGUUGGAUCGAGCUAGGCAUAGGAACCCAGUCUAAAAGAACAUGAAGGUAUUUUGUUUACUACCCUGGUAAACGGGGAAGGAGGAAAAGGACGCAUAUUUCAGGGAUUCCAUUUAAAACAUUUGUCAGAAAAAAAGGACAUAACAGAAGCCUAGUUAAAGGGUAUGAUGAGUAAGUUUUUUUUUCCUUUGAUCAGCUGCAAAACCAGGAAGUAAACAGGGAAUGGAGAAUUAAAAAGACUGUCAGACAUGGCAGACGCACUAGCAGCAGCAUUCACAGAUAAUCUCAUAACAUGUAGCGUCUGGCUGGGAGAGUAUGAGGACCCCAUUGUCCUGCCUUGCUACCAUACAUUUUGCUUUAACUAUAUGGCUGACCAAGCCAAGAAAUUACUGAUUCGAGACAGGAGAUUUCAAUGCCUCUUUUCUAAAGACAAAAUAGAUUUUACAAAGUAGGGACUUAAAAAUCUAGAAACAGACAUGGCAGAAGCACUAGCAACAGCUUUCACAGAUAAUCUCUUGACGUGUAGCAUCUGUCUGGGAGAGUACGAGGACCCCCGUGUCCUGCCUUGCUACCAUACAUUUUGUUUCGGUUGUAUAUCUGGCUAUGCCUCGAAAACUAUAUCUCGGGAAUGGACAUUUUACUGCCCUCUUUGUAAAGAACGGAUACAAUUGCCAAGAGAAGGACUCGUGAGAUUAAGAAAAGAUUUCCGUGUUCACAAAACGAAAGAGAUUCUGAGUCAGAGACAGCAGCAUGAGGUCUCAACUACAAUCAGAGAAACAAAUGUUACUAGUGUGACACAAGCCAUUGCACAGGGGGCAAUCUGUUGUGAGAAACAUCCUAAUAAUGAAUCAAAAUAUUACUGUGAAGAUGACGAUACUGUAAUAUGCUGUGAAUGUAUAUUAACAGAACAUAGUGGGCAUCGUAUUUCAUCGAUUGAGCAAACUGCAAAAUGCAAUAGAGAUAAAAUUAAAUUUGCUCUUGUGAAAGCCAGGAAAAGAUUCAACUAUAUAGAAGAGGCAGUUAUAAAGGGACAGACAGUUGUUAUGGGAACAGUCAAUGAAUCAAGCGACUCUCAAAUCAGGGCAGCCACUAUCGAAUGCAUCAAAAAAGAAGUUCAGAGCAUGUGCAAAUUAAUUUAUCAAAGGGAAGAGACACUGAUAUCAGAGGUGAAUUCUGCUUACGAUGAAAGAAAGAAGCAGAAUGAGGCAAACAAGUACAUCCUUGAUCUCCACCAUGCCUCCCUGCAAAGUGCCUGUGACUUUGCCCAGGAACUUAUCAUUAAUGGCACAGACUUAAAUAUCAUAGUCCAUGCAAAAUCUCUGACAGAGAGAUUGGCAGCAAUGAAUAAAACACUUUUCUCAUCUCUAAACACGCCUGCAUUGAUAUUAUACAGCCCAGGUAAAAUAUCUACUGCUGAUCUAAAAACCAUGUUAGGACAGGUGACAGUACAGUCACAACUUACAUUAGGUCCAGCUCCUGUUUUCUUAAAUAAGGCAGAAUGUGUGCAUUCCUUCAGUUCUAAGCUGAAACAUGAUAAAGCAAUGUGCAUAUCUGGGUUGGCCAUAGAUGAGCAACACGUGUUUGUAGUGGAUAAAGGAAAUGGCACCACAAAAAUAUUCACACAUGCUGGAAAGUUUAAAUUUGAAAUUAGACAAAACAAUCCAUUUGAUGUGGCAGUGUCACAGACUGGUCACCUGUAUAUAACAUCACAGGGUGACAAAUGUGUCCAAGUGUACUCCACCAGAGGUCAGCAGCUGACAACCAUGGGCCAGAGCCACCUCAAGGAUCCACGGGGUAUUACACUGAACGGACAAGGUCAUGUGAUGGUUUGUGAUAGAGGGGAGAAAGUCAUCUUCACAUUUUAUGCAGACAGUGGACAGCUCCUGAACACUAUUCCACUCAGUAUGUGUGUGUGCCCACAGUACAUCACAGUGAAUAGUGUAAAUGAUAACAUUGUAAUAUCAGAUAUUCUGAGUAAAUGUGUGCAUGUGCUGUCAUCUACAGGUACUGGUGAUCAUCUGUACCAGUAUGGCACAGAAGGCAGUGGUGAUGGUCUGCUGAGGUCAGUAGAUACAGUGUGCACAGACAGCUACGGACACAUCUUCAUUAGUGACUUUCUUAACCACAAGGUAGUGGCACUGAGUCCACAGGGACAGUUCAUCAGAUGCAUUGCCACUAAGGAUGAUGGGAUGGAGCAUCCCAUAGCAUUAGCCAUCAACCCUGCUGGCCAGCUGGUGGUGGCAGAAAGAUAUGGCAAAGUUAAGACAUUCCAGUACUUACAGUAACCACGAUCACAUUAAAUAACGCGGCCGUCCAAUCUUACGUACCUUAUAGUCUCAUUACCUUUAAUUCAGUAUUGUCCCACUUGACAAAGAUUUCAUUGACAGAGAUUUAAAGGAAAGCAGUCGGGCUUUGUGCUCUUUUAAUCAUCAACAAUCCCCUUCUUAUAGUCUUAGUGUCUCAAAAUCAUGUAACUUCUUUAAAAAUACAGCCAACCACCUGCUGGUUAAAUGUGAUACUACUACUAUCAUUAUUAUUAUUAUUAUUAUUAUUAUUAUCGUGCAUUUUCACAUUCGAAAAGUUUUAUUGUAAGUUGUCACAAAUAUAGUCUUGGUCUUUUGAACUUGGUAUUCAACAGAGUGAUACUGUGUUCUCAUUCUUGCGGUUGCUUAACUUACUUUACACGAGGAAGCAUACGCGAUUUAUGCCUUCCCAGAAGAAAUAGUCUCUAGGUCCCAUGAAUAUUGAUUACCGCCUCAUAUUUCUUUGUCAUCAGAGACGAGUGUAUAUUCAGUUAAAAGUAGCGACGGUCAUUUUUUUCCUAGGAUAUAGCUAAAAUGUACUCACAAUUUUGUUAAAUUAGAAAUAAUCUAAUUUUUACAAGCUUCGAUCAUAAUUCUAUUACAUUUUUCUGCCAUUUACAAACCCCCCUAUCAUUGAAAACAUUACAAGAGGAUAUUGUGCUAGACCCAGUGUUGAGUUUCAACUGGCCUGUAAGAAAUUGCUAGAUAUCUUUCCAGUUAUCAGGCACU